UGCAGCGGAAGUAAAAGCAGAUCAGAGAGGCAGGGGUUUGAGUGAGAGAGUUCACGAGUGUAGUUUUGUUGAUUUAAAAUAUGUGGGACGCGACGGCGCUUUUACAGAACCAACUGGACCAGGACUCGCCAGAACCGGAGCGGAGAGGACUGAAACGGAAAAUAUCACUGACGAGCUGUGAUGUGUGUGAAGCCGGAGAGGCCAAGUAUCGCUGUCCCAACUGCCUGAAGUGCUCCUGCGGUCUGCCCUGUGUGAAGCAGCACAAGCUCCGGUCAGGGUGCAGCGGUGUUCGGGAUCGCACUGCCUUUGUUUCUCUGUCUCAGUUCAGCGACCUCAACCUGCUUAACGACUACAGGUUUCUGGAGGAGACGGGACGCAUCGCUGACAGACCCAAUAGAGACACGCUGCUACGCACUCGAUCAUGCCGCAGUGUCAGUGUGUCGGUGCUGUUAAGGAAUGCGAAGGCAGCCAACGUGAAUCUGAAGAUCCUGCCGAAGUCCUUCAGCCGCCGAAGAGAGAACACGUCCAUCUACAACAAAAUACAGAGGAAGCUGUUCUGGCACCUGAAGCUCAUCUUCCCUCAGAGCAAUGCAGAAUACACUGACAGAGUUCCAGAAGACAAAGUUCUUGGCAAGAUCCUGAGCGACUACAUCCACCCGACUGAAUCAGAUCCAGUCAAACGGCAGAACUUGAAGAUGUACGUUCUCACGCCCCUCGAUCAGCUCGGUGUGUUUAUGAAGUCGGAGCAGAGGCUACCCAACUCUCUGAAGUACCAUGAGCUGGAUUUGAAGAAAAGUCUCCGAGAGAACCUGAUGUUCAAAACAGUGGUGGAGUACCCAGUGCUCCAUGUGGUUGUAAAAGGGCAUUGGGAGGAAUACCGCGCUUGCAUCCCAGACAGAAGCAUCCUCUUGUCCCGUCCUCCUUCCUCUUCAGAAGCUCUGGGAGCUCCAGAGAGCCACAAAGCUGGAACAGAAAAGGAGUCAGCAGCACAUUCGGAUCUGGAGGAAGGAGAGAUCCUAAGUGAGGAUGAGGAGGAUAAUGUGAAGGACGAUGAUCAAAAUGCCACCAGGAAUGUCAGUAAUGCAAUCUUUGAUGAUGAUGGUAGUGAUGACGAUGAGGUUGGCACUCCAAAUCAAUCAAAAACUAAUGAAAAUCUAACCAAAACGCUGGACGACACUCCACCCCCGUAUCCUCUGAAUGAUCAUGAUGAUGAAGUUGGCACGUCAAAUCAAUCAGCAUGUAACCAGAAUCUAACCAAGAAAUUGGACGACCCUCCACAUCCUCUAAAUGAUGAUGAUGAUGAUGAUCACGAUGAUGAGGUCGGCACGUCAAAUCAGUCAAAAUCUAAUGAGAAUCUAACCAUGAAAUUGGACGACUCUGCACCUCCACAUCCUCUAAAUGAUUAUAAUGAUGAUGAGCUUGGCACGUCAAAUCAGUCAACAUUUAACCAAACUCUAACCAAGAAAUUGGACGACCCUCCACAUCCUAUAAAUGAUAAUGAUGAGGCCGGCACGUCAAAUCAGUCAAAAUCUAAUGAAAAUUUAACCAAGAAUUUGGAUGACCCUUCACAUCCUAUAAAUGAUCACAGUGAUGAGGUUGGCAUGUCAAAUCAGUCAAAAUCUAAUGAAGAUCUACCCAUGGAAUUGGAUGACCUUCCACAUCCUCAAAAUGAUCAUCAUGAUGAGGUCGACAUGUCAAACCUAUCAAAUUGUAACCAAAAUCCAACCAUAAAAUUGGACGACCCUCCACAUCCUCUAGACAAUGGUGAUCAUGAUGAUGAGGCUGGCAUGUCAGAUCACUCAAAAUCUAAUGGAAAUCUAACUAAGAAAUUGGACGACCCUUCACCUCCACACCGUAUCGUUGUUGAUGAGGUUGGCAUGUCAAAUCAAUCAAAUUGUAACCAAACUCUAACUAGGAAAUUGGAUGACCCUCAACCUCCACAGCCUCUAAACAAUGGUGAGGUUGGCAUGUCAAAUCACUCAAAAUCCAAUGAAUAUCUAACUAAGAAAUUGGACGACCCUUCACCUGCACAUCCUCUAAAUGUUGAUGACCACGAUAAUGAGGUUGGCACAUCACAUCACUCAAAAUUUAAUGAGAAUCUAACCAUGAAAUCGGAUGACCCUACACAUCAUAGUAAUGAUGAUGAGGAGGAGGUUGGCACAUCAGAUCAAUCAAAUUGUAACCAAACUCUAACUAGGAAAUUGGAUGACCCUCCACAGCCUCUAAACAAUGGUGAUCAUGAUGAUGAGGUUGGCAUGUCAAAUCACGCAAAAUCUAAUGAAAAUCUAACCAAAAAAUUGGAUGACCUUUCACCUCCACAUCCCAUAAGUAGUGAUGAUGAUGAGGAGGAGGUUGGCACGUCAAAUCAAUCAAAAUCUAAUGAAGACCUACCCAUGGAAUUGGAUGACCCUCCAGAUCCUCAGAAUGAUCAUGAUGAGGUCGACACGUCAAAUCAAUCAAAUUGUAACCAAAAUCUACCCAUGAAAUUGGACAACCCUUCACCUCCGCAUCCUCUAAAUGAUAACGAUGAUCACGGUGAUGAGGUUGGCACGUCAAAUCGGUCAAACUCUAAUGAGACUCUAACCAUGAAAUUGGACGACCCUUCACCUCCACAUCCUAUUGAUGAUGAUGAUGAUCACGGUGAUGAGGUUGGCACGUCAAAUCAGUCAAAAUCUAAUGAAAAUUUAACCAAGAAUUUGGAUGACCCUUCACAUCCUAUAAAUGAUCACAGUGAUGAGGUUGGCACGUCAAAUCAGUCAAAAUCUAAUGAAAAUCUAACUAAGAAAUUGGACGACCCUUCACCUCCACACCGUAUCGUUGUUGAUGAGGUUGGCAUGUCAAAUCAAUCAAAUUGUAACCAAACUCUAACUAGGAAAUUGGAUGACCCUCAACCUCCACAGCCUCUAAACAAUGGUGAUCACAAUGAUGAGGUUGGCAUGUCAAAUCACUCAAAAUCCAAUGAAUAUCUAACUAAGAAAUUGGACGACCCUUCACCUGCACAUCCUCUAAAUGUUGAUGACCACGAUAAUGAGGUUGGCACAUCACAUCACUCAAAAUUUAAUGAGAAUCUAACCAUGAAAUUGGAUGACCCUACACAUCAUAGUAAUGAUGAUGAGGAGGAGGUUGGCACGUCAAAUCAAUCAAAUUGUAACCAAACUCUAACUAGGAAAUUGGAUGACCCUCCACAUCCACAGCCUCUAAACAAUGGUGAUCACGAUGAUGAGGUUGGCAUGUCAGAUCACUCAAAAUCUAAUGAAAAUCUAACCAAAAAAUUGGAUGACCUUUCACCUCCACAUCCCAUAAGUGAUGAUGAUGAUGAGGAGGUUGGCACGUCAAAUCAAUCAAAAUCUAAUGAAGACCUACCCAUGGAAUUGGAUGACCCUCCAGAUCCUCAGAAUGAUCAUGCUGAGGUCGACACGUCAAAUCAAUCAAAUUGUAACCAAAAUCUACCCAUGAAAUUGGACAACCCUUCACCUCCGCAUCCUCUAAAUGAUAACGAUGAUCACGGUGAUGAGGUUGGCACGUCAAAUCGGUCAAACUCUAAUGAGACUCUAACCAUGAAAUUGGACAACCCUUCACCUCCACAUCCUAUUGAUGAUGAUGAUGAUGAUGAUCACAGUGAUGAGGUUGGCAUGUCAAAUCAGUCAAAAUCUAAUGAAGAUUUACUCAUGGAAUUGGAUGACCUUCCACAUCCUCAAAAUGAUCAUCAUGAUGAGGUUGACAUGUCAAAUCUAUCAAAUUGUAACCAAAAUCCAACCAUAAAAUUGGACGACCCUCCACAUCCUCUAGACAAUGGUGAUCAUGGUGAUGAGGCUGGCACGUCAGAUCACUCAAAAUCUAAUGAAAAUCUAACUAAGAAAUUGGACGACCCUUCACCUCCACACCGUAUUGUUGUUGAUGAGGUUGGCAUGUCAGAUCAAUCAAAUUGUAACCAAACUCUAACUAGGAAAUUGGAUGACCCUCAACCUCCACAGCCUCUAAACAAUGGUGAUCACAAUGGUGAGGUUGGCAUGUCAAAUCACUCAAAAUCCAAUGAAUAUCUAACUAAGAAAUUGGACGACCCUUCACCUCCACAUCCUCUAAAUGAUCACAAUAAUGAGGUUGGCACGUCAAAUCACUCAAAAUUUAAUGAGAAUCUAACCAUGAAAUCGGAUGACCCUACACAUCAUAGUAAUGAUGAUGAGGAGGAGGUUGGCACGUCAAAUCAAUCAAAUUGUAACCAAACUCUAACUAGGAAAUUGGAUGACCCGCCACAGCCUCUAAACAAUGGUGAUCAUGAUGAUGAGGUUGGCAUGUCAAAUCAUGCAAAAUCUAAUGAAAAUCUAACCAAAAAAUUGGAUGACCUUUCACCUCCACAUCCCAUAAGUGAUGAUGAUGAUGAGGAGGAGGUUGGCACGUCAAAUCAAUCAAAAUCUAAUGAAGACCUACCCAUGGAAUUGGAUGACCCUCCAGAUCCUCAGAAUGAUCAUGAUGAGGUCGACACGUCAAAUCAAUCAAAUUGUAACCAAAAUCUACCCAUGAAAUUGGACAACCCUUCCCCUCCACAUCCUAUUGAUGAUGAUGAUCACGGUGAUGAGGUUGGCACGUCAAAUCAGUCAAAAUCUAAUGAAGAUCUACCCAUGGAAUUGGAUGACCCUCCACAUCCUCAGAAUGAUCAUGAUGAUGUUGGCACAUCAAAUCAAUUAACAUGUAACCAGAAUCUAACCAAAAAAUUGGAUGACCCUCCACAUCCUCUAAGUGAUCACGACGAUGAGCUUGACACAUCACAUCACUCAAAAUCUAAUGAAAAACUCAUCGAGAAAUUGAAUGACCCUCCACAUCCUCAAAAUAAUGAAAAUCACGAUGAGGUUGGCACAUCAAAUCAAUCAGUCUAACCACAAUCUAAUAAAAAAAUCCAACGACCCUCCACAUCCUCUAAACGAUGAAGAUGAUGACGCUAUCGAAAACGCAGUAGACUCAGUGUGUUGUCUUCCUCCUCCUUCAAACACCACCAUUCAUGAGGAUGUUGAAGGUCAUCUUGGUGACCUUUAUAGUCCCACUGUCCAGACUGCAGUAUGCCCUCCUUCUUGCCGUGAUGGUGACUCCAUGGAAACGGAUGAUGUUCCUCUUCCCCUUCCUGAUGGUAAUGUUGAAGGUGGAAUAUGAAAGCAUGAGCCUGUGUUGAAAAUUGACAUCAUUGAUGAGCAAAAUGUGACUGUAAUAAGCUUUUAAUCCUCUUCUGUCACAGCAAUAAUCUGUUGAUAGCAACUGUUAUGGAACGUCUAUGAAACUUAUUCUCGCUUGUGUCAUAGCAGCUAUAAACAGACAUUUCAUCACCAUCCUCUCUCCUCCUUCUCUCAAAGUUGAUAAGGAAAAAAAAAGGAAAGUGUAAAGUCAGAAAACUUAGCUUGGACUGUUACCAAGCUCUGACACUGGAGAAUCCUUCCAUAAACGUUAAACAUCUUACAGACGACGUCACCAUGUUAACGAUCACAAACAAAUUAAAAACCGUGUGUAGAGCAUCUGCUGUACAAGUGCCUGUGAAAGAGCUGUUACUGUAGAAACGAUGACACAUUAGGACGAGUACCUUAAUUAUAAACCCAUGAUUUGCACUGAAGUCAGAACGGCUGUCUGAGCCACCGUUUGUAGAAAAUGAAUCAACUCUUUCUGUCCAGAGUUGAGAAUUCAGCAGUGGUGUUUAAGAGGUUUCCUGGUGGAAGAAAAAAAUAAAAGACCUGCCAGCCAAAAAGCAGGAUCAGGAUUUUCCGAGUACUGUAAACACAUGUAAAAGGUAUACAUAAGUAAUAAAAAGCAUUUUUUAAGUAAA